CAAGCAUGGGUCAAUUCGAGCCGUUGCAGAAUGAUCUGCUCCUUAGAGCAGCACGGGGCGAGAAGGUUGAGCGACCACCCAUUUGGGUGAUGCGCCAAGCCGGUCGCUAUCUUCCCGAAUACCAUGAGGCCAAGGGCAACCGUGAUUUCUUCGAAUGCUGCCGCAGUCCCGAAAUCGCCUCCACUUUGACCCUGCAGCCCAUCGAGCGCUUCGCUGGGCUCCUUGAUGCCGCCAUUAUCUUCUCGGACAUUCUGGUCAUACCGCAGGCGAUGGGAAUGGUGGUGGAGAUGGUGGACAAGAAGGGCCCGCACUUUCCGGAUCCGCUCAAGACGCCCGAGGAUAAGCAGUACAAGGAGGUCAUGGAGCGACACGUCGAUGUGGCCAAGGAGUUGGACUACGUGUACAAGGCCAUCACGCUCACGCGCAAGAAGCUGCAGGGACGGGUCCCCCUUUUUGGAUUCUGCGGUGCGCCGUGGACCCUGCUGUGCUAUAUGGUCGAGGGCGGCGGUACGAAGCUGUUCGUGCACAGCAAGACAUGGAUCUACAAGUAUCCAGAGCAGGCCAAGGCUCUUUUACAGAAGAUUGCGGAGCUCUGCGUCGACUACCUCGCAUUACAGGUCGAGGCUGGUGCUCAGAUUGUUCAAGUCUUCGACUCUUGGGCAGGCGAGUUGUCACCGACUACCUUCAAAGAGUUCUCAGAGCCCUAUCUACGUUACAUAUCUGAGAACCUGCCUAAGAAGCUGAAGUCGAUGCAGCUGGACCCGGUGCCCAUGGUCGUCUUUCCCAAAGGCGCCUGGUAUGCCCUGGACUCGAUGUGCAACUCGGACUACAACAUCGUCGGCCUGGACUGGUUGUACGACCCGGCCGAGGCGUCCAAGGUCCGCGGCGACAGAAACACUGUGCUUCAAGGCAAUGCUGAUCCUGGCGUCCUUUACGGCUCACAUGAGUCGAUCACCAAGACCGUGAAGAACAUGGUCGAGGGUUUUGGCUGGGCACAGAAGAAGAGAGGCUGGAUUGUCAACCUGGGUCACGGUAUCACACCGUUUGUCAAGCCGGAUGAUCUGAGAUUCUUCCUGCAAGAAAUUCAUCGUCAAACGCUGGCAGCAUAGAUGGAUGUCUUCCACUGUAUAUUAUUUAGGAAGCGUUAAAAAAGAUACUUGCUCAGACCU